GGUCGGAGCGCUCCCUAGGAUUGACUGACGGCCUUUCAGCCUUUCGCGAGAACUGGCCCGCGCCUGCGCAGUGAAGUUGCGUGGCGCCUAUCAAAAUGGCGGCGCCCUUGUGGAGACCAGCGCGGCAGAGCUUGCAGGCAUUUUCAGGAAAAUGGGACCAUAUUUCCUGGAUCCUUUGUUCAAGACAGGGUUUUCAGACCUCAACUACCUGUCAUAAGAACCAAGCAGCUCGGGUUCGUGUUGGGAAAGGGGAUAAACCUGUGACAUAUGAGGAAGCCCAUGCACCCCAUCAUAUUGCUCAUCGCAAGGGGUGGCUCUCCCUACACACAAGUAACCUGAAUGACGAGACUGGAGCUGCUGAGCGCACAGUGGAGGACGUCUUUAUUCGCAAGUUCAUUUAUGGCACCUUCCACGGAUGUCUGGCCAAUGAAAUUGUGCUGAAGCGCCGUGCCAAUACUUUGAUCAUUUGCGCUAUCUUUGUGCAGAAACUGGCACCUUCUAAGUUCUAUUUCUUGAUUGGCUACACAGAGGUGCUGCUCUCUUUCCUGUACAAAUGUCCCGUCAAGAUGGAAGUGCAGACGGUCCCUGAAAAGGUUGUCUAUAAAUAUCUGUAGCUUGGCUAGGUGUCACUUUACUGAAUCCCUGAGCUAAGGGUGAAUUAGACUUCUUGCCUACAUCCCGUUGCUUCCCAGCCAGUGAUUCUCAUGGACUAGUCACCAGGGACAGGAGGGGAGCACCUGCUUGGAGCAUGCAAAAUUUGCAAGCGGAAACUUAAAGGACUUGUCUCUUACCUUGGAAUUGAGGAGGGUUUUUUUGACAAUGAUGCAGUCCAAACAAAGUGGGAUUGGUCCCCUACGUACGGUCAGUCAUAGAUCAGUGCUUCCCGAGCAUGUAGAAUGUAUGGCUGCACUGCUAAGCAACUAAAGCUCGUUGAAACCUCUUUGCUUAAGGAACUUGAAAUUUCUGUGCUGCUGCAAGCAUCUAAAGGUUUGAACCGGCCAGUUCAGAGCAUCUCCCGUUUUACGUUGAAGCCUUUUGUUCUGCAGGCUGCAGUUGAACGGCAGUCAUGAAAUAUCUGCUGGGUAGCAGUGCUCUUCCCUCGCCCUUCCCAUUGGACGCUCAAAUUGUCGCUUCCAUUUAGAUGAGCGAAGGUGAAGAGUUGCUGCUGGAGGCAAAACUAUCCAGGCUGAGGACAGUUAAUCUAACACUGGGAGGGGGGCUGGGCUAUCAUUGUCAGUCAUCAUCAGGGAAUGUCAGGGGCACUUUGUGACACUUACGUAACUGCUUCCAGGCAUAAUACCAAAUCAAAGCAGUCCUGCUGCGGAGACAAAAAAAAAAAUACAUUUCCCCUCCUGGCACAGAUGCAGUGCACUUUGGCACACUGAGAAAAUGUAAAUUCCAUGGGUUAUGUGACCAAAGAUUUCUACAUCCCAUGUAGCAAAGGAGCAACAAAUGUGUUACAAAUGGCUCACCUGGCAAACUUUGGAAAAAGAGGGAGCUCCUCCCUGACCACUUUGGUAGUGGAGUGGGAAAGAGCUGGAAUGUGCAGCCUUGGAGUGUUUGUUUUAAGUUAAAAGGUAGAUAAAGGCAAGUGCAGUUUGGCUGUCCAUACAGCACCCCUGCAGACUCCGUGCCCAGAUGCAGCAGAUUGUCCAUCUGGGGGAGAGUGUGUCCCUUAGUUAGACUGGAGGGCACAUAAUGCAGCAAACCUGAGUUAGGUCAAUUACUGGAUAGGAGAGCCCCUGGGAAUCUUGUACAUGCCUCUGAAUUUCAUUAAAGUUUAGAGAUAAACUCUUCUUUAGUUCUGGGGAAACAUCAUUUCCUUACAACGGAAGAUCUGUUGCCUUGAGAUGGUUCCUCAAGAAGGUUGGAUGCCCUGUAAGACUUUUGUGUCUCUUGAAAUCGCAGUGUGCCGUAAAAGUAAUACCGUAAAUAAGCCUAAAUCUUAGGGUGUUCUGAUCAAAGAGCUGAGGCUUUGGAGCAGUGGAUUAUAGGUUGUGGAUAGGAAACGGGUGCCAUUUAUUGGCCCCAGAGACAGAAGUGUCAAGCCAGGUGUUACUUCCACGAUUAUUCCUGCAGCUGUUGCUUUUUCUCCUGCAUAUAAGAGGGAGGGGCCUCAGCACAUGCACUCGUCCACAGAAUUCCUUCUGCCCCAUUUCAUAUUUGUUGGCUGGGCCCUGACAUGGCAAAUAAAUUGCGAGGGUAAUUUCUGGUGAGUCCUGGCAGAAGCAAACUGUUCUAGUCCAACCUGAUUUUAGUGCAGUCGGCUGCACUGAUGACAAGUUGGACUUCUGGGGUUCCGUACCCAGGCUGGACUCCCAUCUCUGUCCCUUCCACCUGGCUGCACCCAGUGACUCUCGGCAGGCCUGAUGCCAGCCAGAGCAUGUGACACCACACAAACCGGUUUGAUUCGGAAUCCUCUAUCCUCGCUGAAUCACCGGGAGUGAAUCAUUUACCAGAUGUCACGGGAUGGGGCCCAAGGAUAGGCAACACCAAGGAUUUGUGGUUUCUUUGGUGGGGGUGCUUGUAUGCAUUCGAUUGGAUCAGACAUUAAGCAUGAAGUGCCGGGGGGCGGGAUAACUCUUGCUGUUCCUCAAAGUCAAAUGACCUCAAGGCUCAGCACUAUGUUGCAACUAUGUUUGCCCUCUUCCUCCCAGGAAAUAAUGCCCGCGGGGCAGAUAGCCAAGGUGUAAUCAGAGGGGCCAGGAAUGCUUAACUCCUUUCUGUGAAUCCAUUGAAAGCCCUGCCCCCAAACUGCAGGCCCGAUCAGCACUAUUUGAAUUGUAAGAAGAAAUAGUUGUUUCCUGUUCCUUCUGUUACAGAGGUUCUGGGUGGCCUCAUCACCUCAUUUGGGUGUUGUGACUGAUGUCCCCAGAACAGUGUUUUUUAAAUCCUUUUAUGGGUUGAGGAACUCUAGUAACAUUUCAGAUCCCCAACUCCCUCUCCUUGUUUCCCCAUGUAAAAACUGGUUAUCCCCACCCCAGUGCUGUGGUUUAAUAUUAAGGUUAACCCUUACAUUCCAGGAAUGAAUUGUACCAUUGCCAGCCUAUACAAACCUAAAUAAUAUAAAUCCAGACCUGUUCUCUCCUGUUUUGUUGUACCAUCCAAAAUAAAAUACUGAAGGAUGCACAAUGCAUCACAGGACUA